AUGGAACAUAUGGAAACGGUUGAUCCUGAGGUAGUGGUGAAGCCAGCGUUCGCGGAACCGAAUCUUCUAGCUAUUGUUGUGGCAGCACUUGUUGUUUUCCUCACGGUUGCCUUCUUUUUCUAUAGGUCUCUGAAAAGCAAAGCUGAUACAUUCUUGCUAGUUGGCCUCAGCGAUUCCGGAAAAACCCAUAUUUUUGGAAAAAUCGCUAACAAAAGUGUGGACUUUCCUGGAGCGGAGCGCUUGCGGAAGCAGCUGGUAGAGAAGUGGCUCAAAAAGGAGCGCGCAUCACUGAGAGGGAUCACUUUCGUGGUGGAUUCUUCGUCCUUCUCGAAGAGAUCUCGUGACGUAGCAGAGUUUCUUACGAUGUUGCUUUGGAAAGCGGAAAGAAAGCCCGUGGAAUUCGUGGAAUGUUGUGCUGUCGAUGGCGCCGCUGUCGGUUUGGAAGCAAUUCGAGAAUGGAUUAAGCUGUAA